ACUUUUUUUUUUAGAGAAGCCCGGAACAGCGAUCACAAGAGGCUGAACCGAAGCGACCAAAAGGAGGAAGUCACCUUUUGUAAGUUCAGCAAAGCACACACCUGACAGUCAAACAAGACGAGACAGUCGCGAAAGCUGCUGUGCUUUCGGGGGAAUAUGUCAAUAACUUCGGCAGUAAACGGCAACUUUAAACCACAUCUGAGCCACCAGAAUGGAGUGAAAUGCGAGGAUAUCAAGAGAAAUGGCUAUCACAACAACAGGAGAGAGAAAAAUGGCCCAGGGACUGGUGUCGCCUCCAGGCAGCACAGGCAGGAGUUCUUUGAACAGGCGCCGAUGUACGUGGCUGUUAUGACAUACCUGGGCUUUGGCAUUGUCACGCUGUUUGGCUACCUCAGAGAUUUCCUCAGAGCUGUGGGCUUAGAGAAGUGCCACCUUGCCCAGGAAAGAGGGGAACAGAAGGAUUUCGUACCGCUUUAUCAAGAUUUUGAGAACUUUUACACUCGAAACCUGUACAUGAGGGUACGAGACAACUGGAACCGUCCCAUAUGCAGCCUGCCAGGACCUGUCUUUGACCUGAUGGAGAGGGUGUCUGAUGACUACAACUGGACAUUCAGGUUUACCGGGAAGACAAUACACAAUGCCAUCAACAUGGGCUCUUACAACUACCUCGGUUUUGCUGAGAACAACGCUGAUUUCCUGAAAACGGUGGCAGACAAAACGCGCCAGUAUGGGGUUGGGGUUUGCAGCACAAGGCAGGAAAUAGGUAACCUGAGCAUCCACGAAGAGCUGGAGAAACUAGUGGCAAAUUUCCUCGGAGUAGAGUCCUCCAUGACUUUUGGGAUGGGUUUUGCCACCAACUCAAUGAACAUCCCAGCACUCGUUGGCAAGGGUGGUUUGAUACUGAGCGACGAGCUGAAUCACACAUCUCUCAUCUUAGGGGCCAGACUGUCAGGAGCGACCAUCCGGGUGUUCAAACACAACAACAUGCACAGUCUGGAGAAGAUGCUAAGAGAGGCCAUUUGCUCAGGGCAGCCACGGACCCACAGGCCCUGGAAGAAGAUCCUCAUCAUGGUGGAAGGCAUCUAUAGCAUGGAGGGCUCAGUGGUGCGACUUCCUGAGAUCAUCGCUCUGAAGAAGAAGUAUAAAGCGUAUCUGUACCUGGACGAGGCUCACAGCAUCGGAGCAGUGGGACCAUCGGGGAGGGGCGUGACCGAGCUGUUCAAUGUGAACCCUGCCGACGUGGACGUGAUGAUGGGCACCUUCACCAAGAGCUUUGGGGCUGCUGGAGGAUAUAUCGCAGGGAAUAAGGAGCUGGUGGACUACCUGCGCAGUCAUUCCCACAGCGCAGUAUACGCCUCGGCUAUGUCCCCUCCCGUCACCGAGCAGAUCAUACGUGCCAUGAAGUGCAUCAUGGGAAAAGACGAGAGCACAGAAGGCAUUAGACGAAUCCACCAACUGGCAGAGAACACAAGGUACUUCAGGGCCAGACUGAAGGAGAUGGGCUUCAUCAUCUACGGUAAUGAUGACUCACCUGUGGUUCCAAUCCUGCUCUACAUGCCAGGCAAAGUGGUUGCUUUUGCUCGAGAAAUGCUGGCGAGGAAAAUUGGCGUAGUGGUAGUCGGCUUUCCAGCCACGCCGAUUACAGAGGCCCGAGCUCGCUUCUGUCUGUCUGCAGCGCACACCAGAGCCAUGCUGAACCAGGUGCUGCACAAUCUGAACGAGGUGGGAGACGCUCUCUGUCUCAAGUUCUCACGGCUGAAAUAUUCCUCUUGUCCUGACCUCCAGGAGGAGACAGACUUUGAGCAGGGCAGCUGAUAUGACCCUUGACACCUUCAUUUCAAAGUGUCAAAAAUUAAAGUGUCCAUGCCACAGCAGACCCAUAAACACACAACGCAGAGUAACACUCAUGUCUCACGGCAGAAGAGGGGGCAAAUGUUUAGCAGCUGCUUUUUAUAUGUUUGUAAAACAUUGCGAUUUAAAGGUGCUGAAUUCAAAAUUCCGAGCUUUAAUAAAGCAGCAAACAAAUUGUUGUAAAUUAUAAUCCGAGUUUCUCUGUGCUUUGUUUACGUAGCCGGUCCGGCCGCAUACACAUGUUAGUCCCAGUGUGUGCCCCACUGGCUAUAAUUGCCAUCUCUGUACGCUCGCUCUGCGCUCGCUCUGGUUCCCCCCGUUAUCUCUGUCAGCACUGUUGCCGUUGUUUUUGCACUGUUAGCACCGUUAGCUGUUAGCGGCCAGCUCAACCCUUGCCAUGUUGGGAGCCGUGUGGAGGCAAUCCGUCAAUCAUACAUAUGCACUGAAUUUCGAAUUCAUCUUUAAUAGAACACUUAUUUGUGUACUUGUGCUUCUUAACAAAAUACUGUAUAUGAACUAUUUAAAUGCUUUAUUGCUGAAUACAUUUAUAUGUGAAUACACACUUGAAAUCAUUGCACAAGCGUUGCUGGAUUGGUCUCAAACUCAAGUACGGUGUAAAAUAUCUUGAGUCAUUUAGCUUUUUUAUAUUGAGACAAAUCACAUAUUGUUAGUUCAGUUGAGAGGGCCUUUCAGAGGCUUUUUUACACUGUUAUUUGAAUCCGUCUUGUCUAUAUUUAGAUGUUAAAAACUCAUAAUAUAAUAUCAGCCACAUUUAUUAAAAAUACUGGUGGUGGUUAUUAUUAGAGAAUGAUGCACAGUCUCUAUGAAGUUGAUGUACGGAGCCCCAUUUACUUCCUGAACAUGAAUUAUAAAUAAUGGAAAAGGCAUUUGUAGUUUGAAAUCCCCCCUGUGGUGCUGCAUUGCUAAAAUGUUGAAUCUGCUGAUUUGUAUUUUUAUGUUUUUUUCCAAUAAAACAGAAACAAUGCAG